CUCUAUACGAUGGUGAAAACCGCAGGCCGCUAAGACCUUUCGUUAAAAAGUUAUUUGAAAAACGGCAACCGGCACGACCUUUCCGUUUCGAUAGUAGAGAAGAAACCUUUUUUGGCACUCUACGCAGUAGAAAAAGGUUGAAUAAGACAGUGAAAAUGGGUUUCCGUUUUUUUCCGGAUUUUAGGAUUAUGAUUCUCGAUUUCUAACUUAUACGGGCGGCAACUCUGGUCCUAGCGUACCUUAACCGUUCUUCGUCUGUUUCCCUUUAUUAGCCAUUAAAGAUAGCUGUCAGGAGUCACUUAAAGUGGCUUCUAACGGCUGUCGUUGACGGCUGGCGGAAAUAAAAACAACCCCACUCUCCUUCUUUAACUAAAAAAGACUACGGUCAUUGCUAAAAACUGAUUCGAUUCCACUACAACCAAUGAAAAAUCGAUUUAACGUCUUUAUAAUUUCCAGUUCCCAAAACAACUUUUUUUGUCAAAUAAAUGUGUAAAUAGUUGGAUCAAAUAGGAUCGAUCCGAAUCGAUCCAAAAGAAAACCAGUUUGUUUGUGAAUGAUUUAGGCCUCUGAUACCUUUAUCUGUCUAUCAUUAUGGCUUCUUAUUAAAAUAUUACAUACACUUACCAUUGUUCAUCAUCUUUAUUGUAUGGAUAUGACAUGAACUGUUCAAAAAAUCUCUUUCUAAGGUGCGAUUAUUUGAAUUCUUUUUAGUAAGGUUAGCCGUGACAAUUAAAUACAGCGACUAGAUGAACGGCAUAAGCGUCCAAUUGUGUAGAUUGUUUGUUCAUAUUAAAUGAUGAGCUAGGUAACACUGAAUUCGAAUUUUAUCCGAAAUUUUUUUUUAUUAGUGAGAACCUUACUGUACGACCCAGUAAUGAGAAGUUUUCGCUUCGAAGAAAGUUCAUAGGGAAAACUGAAGAAGAUUUCUUUUAAUUUUAUUAUCUAUAUUUAUCUAAAUUGUUAGUCUAUUUUAUUUUUGUUCCGUUCAAAUUCAAUUCUUUAUUUCAUUUAAAUUUGCUUUGGGAGAAGAGGAAAAAAAGUUCCAAUAAAGAAAAUUUUGUCUUUUUCUAUGUUCGUACGGAACAAGAAAGAGAAAAAACAUGAAACUGUUCGUUUUACACAAAAAUUUUUUUCAUUCCUGUUAGUUUAUGUACUAUGUAGUCCAUGAAUAACCUAACCUAUUAGAGUCAAUAUCGAUAUUGAUGAAAUAUAGCGAUAAAAUAUCGAAAUAUUUCUCUUUUCUUUUUGGUGAAACAAAGUUAUUUAAAUGUAAAUGUGUUUUGCAUGUACGCAUGACUACUAUUCACUCUCUGUUGGCUAAUUUAUAAUUGAGAAUAGCAUAUGUAACAGAUAGAAAGAAUCGUUGUUUUUAUAUUAACUUCUAUAGACAAGAAAAAGCAUAUACCUGCACGAGUGAAUUGAUUCUUUUACUUUUAUUCUAGAUUAUUUGUUUUUCUUUCGUUUACCGUUGUUUUGUCACCAUUAGAAUGUAAGCUUUUACGCUGAUUUGACUUCAGUACAUAAUCUUAUAUCUAAUUUUUUAGUCGAAAAACACUCAAAUAUGAAUUCAUUAUUUGUCAAUAUUUUUGGACUUAUUUUUGUUUAUUUAACUGUAAUAGCAUCAGUUUAUUGUAUUGAUUUAAAUGGUGAAACAGUGACGAAAGAAGAAUUGAUUGCCCUCACUCGUGAUCAUUAUGGACGUACAGAUCCCGAUGCCUUAUUAAACGGAUUCUUUCCAGUUUGGGCAGUUAUACAAUUUUUAUUGGCAUGUUUCUUUUUUGUUAUUGCCAUACUGAGUUUAGGAUGUUAUUUAGCUGGUUGUCGAACACCACCAGAAGAUCAAAUUAAACGAGCAAAAUAA